GGGGAUUCUGUCAUGGCGCGGGUGUCGGUGCUGGGAGUUUUAGUGCUGGAAAACCCGAGCCCUUUCAGCCACCCGCUCCGUUUCCAGGUGCAAUUCGAGUGCGGAGAGGCUUUGCCUCACGACUUGGAGUGGAAGAUCAUUUACGUGGGCUCUGCCGAGAGUGAAGAGUAUGACCAAGUUCUUGACUCCGUCCUGGUGGGACCAGUUCCAGCUGGGAGGCAUAUGUUUUUAUUUGAAGCCAAUGCCCCUAACCCUGGUCUAAUCCCGGAAAGUGAUGCUGUGGGAGUUACAGUGAUACUCAUCACCUGCACUUACCUAGGCCAAGAAUUCAUCCGCAUUGGCUACUAUGUCAAUAAUGAGUAUAUGGAUCCAGAGCUAAGAGAGAAUCCACCCCUCAAACCAGACUUUUCUCAGCUGCAGAGGAAUAUCCUGGCAUCGAACCCUCGUGUCACCCGUUUCCACAUCAAUUGGGAAGGUCCUAGGGACCAGACGGACAAUAUUGAAAACGUGGAUCCAGAGCUGGAUGGCUUCUUGUCCCCUAGCUGUGCCUACAUCAAGGAGUUGGCCCCGUCAAUGGGUCACCAGCCUGAGAAUUCUAUGGACUGUAUGUGAUCCAAGCACAAGAAUCUAAGGACUGGACAUGGAGAAGGGCAAUUUAUGAAUUUUUU